AUGUCUGACCACAAGUAUCACUUUGACGUGAAAAUGUCCUGCUCUGGCUGUUCCAAUGCUGUCAACAGGGUUUUGAACAAAUUGGACGGUGUAAAGAACGUUGACAUAUCAUUAGAAAAACAAACUGUAGAUGUUGUCACUUCCAAUGCACUAGGUUAUGAUACAGUUCUGCAAACUAUCAGUAAAACUGGGAAACAGGUUAUCGGUGGAAAUGUUGUAGAAUAG